AUGAAAGCCGCUCAGAAGUUCACCUGGAAAUCUAAGAAGCCCGACAAUUGGGUUUUAAAUGUUCAGAUAUUUCCACAGGCGAACUCAUUUGUUUCAUCAUCUAGUGAUGGGUCGUUAAACUUUUACCUGUUAAACAAAAUAUCGAGCGAUCCUUUGGCAACUAAUGAAAAUGCACACGAGGGGGCUAUAAACUCUUUGGUAAAGAUAGAGAAUGAUAUGGUUGGAUCUUGUGCUACAGAUGGUCUCAAGGUAUGGGAUUUACGGUUAUCUGGAGAUCCAGUAUAUCAUCUAACUCAUGGACAAGCGUCAAAUAUGCUAUCAUUAGCAUAUUCUAAUCAUAGAAUAGCAGCUGGCACAGAAUUACAUGGUACAGAUGCUGAAUUGCAUAUAUGGGAUUUGAGAAAUCCGAAGGAUGUCGUUAGAACAUUUGCUGACUCACAUCAUGAUGAUAUAACUUCUAUCGAAUUUCAUCCAAUUUUCUCAAAUUAUUUGAUGUCUGGUGCUACAGAUGGAUAUGUUAAUAUCUAUAACUUGAAGGAACAGGAUGAAGAAGAUGCCUUACAUCAAGUUAUCAAUUAUGCAUCUGUCCAUUCUUGUACGUUCACGCAAGAAAAGAGAAUAGCUGUGUUGUCACAUAUGGAAACUCUUGCAUUUUAUGAAUUAAAUAACACCAAUUAUGAAAUAGCUGAAGAACCGGCACCCCAUGACAUUGGUGACGUUAGAGGUCUUUGGAAAGAUUGCGAAUACGUAGUUGAUUUAAGCCUGAGUGGCUAUAUUACCUAUGGUGCUAAUUCAAAACUGAAUCUUACUUUACUUCGAUUCAACCCAAUUGCAGAAACGUUUGAUUUAGAAAAUCCAAUUCAGUUCCCUGAGGCACACGGAGAUGAAGUUGUGAGGGACUUAAAAGUAUUAGGUAAUCUUUCCUUAACAUGUGGAGAGGAUGGAAAUAUAAAGCUUUGGGAGUUACCUUCGAAGGUUCAAACUUAUAGUGUGUCGGGUAAAGAAGAAUAUAUGAAUACGGACGAUGAUACUACAAGGCAUACCAGGAAAGAUGUGAGUAAAGAGCAUAAAAAGAAGAAAAAGAAGAAGGAGAAAAAGGAUAUCAGGUUUAAGCCUUAUUAG